ACCAUGGCUCCAGCCCUGCCCUGGCUCCUGCUGUGGGUGGGCUCAGGGGUGCUGCCUAUCCGUUGCACCCCACACGGCAUUCGUCUGCCUCUGCGGAGUGGGCUAGGGGGGGCCCCCCUGGGGCUCCGGCUGCCCCGGGACACCGAUGAGGAACUGGAAGAGCCCAGCCGGACGGGCAGCUUUGUGGAGAUGGUGGACAACCUAAGGGGCAAGUCGGGCCAGGGCUACUACGUGGAGAUGACUGUAGGCAGCCCCCCACAGACGCUCAACAUCCUGGUGGACACAGGCAGCAGUAACUUUGCAGUGGGGGCUGCACCCCACCCUUUCCUGCACCGUUACUACCAGAGGCAGCUGUCCAGCACAUAUCGGGACCUCCGGAAGGGCGUGUAUGUGCCCUACACCCAGGGCAAGUGGGAGGGGGAGCUGGGCACCGACCUGGUGAGCAUCCCCCAUGGCCCCAACGUCACCGUGCGUGCCAACAUCGCUGCCAUCACUGAAUCAGACAAGUUCUUCAUCAAUGGCUCCAACUGGGAGGGCAUCCUGGGGCUGGCCUAUGCAGAGAUCGCCAGGCUCUGCGGUGCUGGCUUCCCUCUCAACCAGUCAGAGGUGCUGGCCUCUGUAGGAGGGAGCAUGAUCAUUGGGGGUAUCGACCACUCACUGUACACGGGCAGUCUCUGGUACACACCCAUCCGGAGGGAGUGGUAUUAUGAGGUGAUCAUUGUGCGGGUAGAGAUCAAUGGACAAGAUCUGAAAAUGGACUGCAAGGAGUACAACUAUGACAAAAGCAUCGUGGACAGUGGCACCACCAACCUUCGUUUGCCCAAGAAAGUGUUUGAAGCUGCAGUCAAAUCCAUCAAGGCAGCCUCCUCGACGGAGAAGUUCCCAGACGGUUUCUGGCUAGGGGAGCAGCUGGUGUGCUGGCAAGCAGGCACCACCCCUUGGAACAUUUUCCCAGUCAUCUCACUCUACCUAAUGGGUGAGGCCACCAAUCAGUCCUUCCGCAUCACUAUCCUCCCACAGCAAUACCUGCGGCCCGUGGAAGAUGUGGCCACAUCCCAAGACGACUGUUACAAGUUCGCCAUCUCACAGUCAUCCACGGGCACUGUUAUGGGAGCCGUUAUCAUGGAGGGCUUCUAUGUUGUCUUUGAUCGGGCCCGAAAACGAAUUGGCUUUGCUGUCAGCGCUUGCCAUGUGCACGACGAGUUCAGGACAGCAGCAGUAGAAGGUCCUUUUGUCACGCCAGACAUGGAAGACUGUGGCUACAACAUUCCACAGACAGAUGAAUCAACCCUCAUGACCAUAGCCUAUGUCAUGGCUGCCAUCUGCGCCCUCUUCAUGCUGCCACUCUGCCUCAUGGUGUGUCAGUGGCGCUGCCUCCGCUGCCUACGCCAUCAGCAUGAUGACUUUGCUGAUGACAUCUCCCUGCUGAAGUGAAGGGGUCCAUGGGCAGAAGACAGACAUUCCCCUGGACCACAUCGGUGUGGUUCACUUUGGUCACAAGUAGGAGACAGCAAUGGCACCUGUGGCCAGAGCACCUCAGGACCCUCAUCCACCCACCAAAUGCCUCUGGCCUUGACAGAAAAGAAGGCAAAGCUGGCAAGGUGGGUUAUGGGAAUUGCACCCUGUGAAAUAGGAGAGGGAAGAACCAAGUGCUCUAGUGGUGGGAAUACUCUUGGUCACCAUAAACUUGAGUUGGGAAAUUCUGCUGCUUCAAACUUCAUUCCUGAAUCUUUGCCCACCAUCCCUGUAGCGUCUCCAACCCAAAGUAUUCUUCUUUUCUUAAUUCCAGGUACUGGCAUCACAUUCAGUUUACCCCAGUGUGUGUUUCUGUGGUACCCUGGCAGAGAAAGGGCCAAUCUUGUUUUCCUGCUGGCCAAAGUCAGUAGGAGAGGACGCAUAGUUUGCUGUUUGCUGUAGAGUCUGUAUAAACAAGCCUACACUGGUGCAAAGAUUGUCUCUUGAAUUAAACAGAAAAUAAUUAGAUUGAAUAUUUGUACAAAUUGGGGAGGUCCGGAAGAGGAGAAGGCGAGGGCUUACAAAGACAGGGAAUAGUUAGAUAGCUAGGAUCAAAGGCAGAAACAACCACUGGCCAGUUCCAGUUUUAGACCUCAUCUCCUAGAUAGAGUUUCAUUUCAUACGAUGAGUGUUGCAUCCCAGUGUUUUCUUUUCUGUGGUUGCAGCCUGACCAAAAGUGAGAUGGGAAGAGGGCUGACCUAGCCAAAGAGCACUUUUUAGCUCUUAAAUGAGAAGUGCCCACUAAGAAGUUCCACUUAACAAAUGAAUUUCUACCUUACUAAUUCCACUUGUCUUUACCUAAACCCUUUAUUCUACAUACAAUAGGUAGCACUGAAAUAUCCCAACCCCCUAGGCCCCAGGUGCCCUAUGGGAGAGCCAAUGGAAUAUAGCAGGGCUGGUUCAUUCCCUCCCCCAAAUCCUUAUUCCUCUGGAGCUUUGCAGCCAAGGUGCUAAGAGGAAUAGACAGGAGACCUCUCCUACCUAAUCCUUGAAAGCAGAAUCCUGAAGAUUCACUCAAUAGGUAUAGGGUUGAUGCCCUAUACCUCUGCCUGGAUUUCUUCCUAUUCAGCUGUAAGUGCGGUAAGAUCUUUACAUAAUACAGAUCUGUUUCAUUGCCUUUACACCCUAAUGUCUCCUCCAUUUAUUUGGUUAAGGCAUCCCACAGUGGCACUAGUAUUAUACCAAAAGUGCCAGAAACACAGCAUUUUCUGACUCUAGCAACAUCAUCUUCAGUAUCGAGGCUGCCUGGAAGAGGAUGGCAGCCACAGGGCUUCCUUAUUUCCUUCACCGUAAGAGCCCCUCAUCAUUUCCCCCUAUCCUGCUGUCUACUCUCCACUCCAGGUAGUACUUGGGUACCCAGACUGGUUCUUGGGCUAGAUAGUGGGGACCAAGUUCAUUUCCUCCCUAUCAGUUCUAACACAGUAGACUGAUACCAGUGUUAGUGGGAAGAGCUAAAUUUUUCUGAUACACCCACUGCAUCCUAUCUGGUCAACACACUGCUUCCAGGUAUGGGACCUGCCUAGUAUGGGAUUACCUGACAAGGGAGAGGGAAAUACAAGGAGGGCCUCUACAGUUCCUGGCCAUAGCUGGCUGCCCACAAGCCAUAAACCAAUAAAACAAGGAUACUGAGUCACAGCUUUUUAUCUGGGUUCUCUUCAUUCCCUCCGCACUUGGUGCUGCUUUGGCUGACUGGGAACACCCCAUAACCACAAAGACUAACAGGAAGACGAGACUGUCCACUUCCAGCUCAGAAUUUACUGUGUAAAUAACUUCCAGAAUUGCUACCGUGAAAUGAAAAUGCCAUGUUCUCCUUUAUAAUUUCUACCCAUGUUGGGGAAAACCGGCUUUUCCCCAGCUCUUUCCAGGGCAUAAAACUCAAACUCUUUAUUAGUAAGUCCUACUGUCCUGUUGUUAUUAUUUUUUUUUUAAGGAGAAAACUGCUUGUACUUAUUUUUCUUUUUACAGUUAUUUCCUUUCUGCCCUGCAACUAUGAACUCUAGGUGUAAAAAAAGAAAAAAAUCUUGACAAUGGGUUCUUACUUGUAAAAAUAUGUAUUAUAUAUCUCUAUUUUUUAAUUCUACCCCUGAAAACUGACGGUCCCAUCUCCCCCCUACCUCAUCUGGGGCCUUUCCCAUUGGCUUGCAUGGUUUUUACCACUGCAGGCCAGUGGAAAGAGGGAAAAGGGAGAACAAGGGUAGCUGAAACUUAAGUGUUGCUUUCUAAUUGUUCCUAAACAAGAAAGAGAAAAGAGCAACAACAAGGCCCCAGCUCCCAUGCACAAAUCUCCCAAACACUUGUCCUCCUGCUAUAGUUGACUUUCCAGGGACUUUUACUAGCAAGCAAGCUAAGGUCCCCUAUGUACCUCCUCCUUUUUUUUCUAUCUACUCCUAUGGCUUCAAAGAUUUUUGGAAAAGAAACAGAAUAUUCUUUAUACUCAUCUCUAAUUUCUAAAUUUUCAGAGGAUACUGAAAAAUAUUGCAGGUGGCCCAAAGGCUGCUGCAAAGAGAGAAUAUUAGAUUACAAAAUAAAAAAUGAAUCCCCCAAAUGAAAAGAACAAAGGAACUGGUCUUCCAUUUUGCCACAUUUCCUGUUCAUAACAGAUACUAAACGGGAGACAUUAGUAUUUCAUUAACCAGAGAAAGUGGGUCUUCGGACCUCUACAACAGUGGAGCACUCAGGCUAUUUCAAUCACUCUGCAAGACACCAAGGAGGACUCAGGAAGUCCAGCUCCUUAAAAUGAUGUUAGUCAAUAAACCUGGGCAAUUAAGGCAAGAUAAAAGAAAGAAUACAUCCAUGAAAUGAAAGGCAAGGAUGAAAGACAGAACAAAGACAGAAAGGAGAGAAUUUAAUUGGACCUGAAAGGAAAAGUCUUUGCCACCCUGGUGUGUAUCGCUAGCAUGACAAGUAUUUCCAGGUCCCAGAAAGGGAAAUUCAACUGUUAGUAAUAUAAUAAUGUCCUUCCCCUGGAAACUUUUUUUUUUUUUUAAUUAACAGUUUUCAGUUGAUUAAUUUCAAAAGAGAAGGAAGCUGAAACCAUUUCUGGUAGGAGUAAAGAUAAAAAGGACAGGAAAGGAUUCAAUGUUAUAACAGACUCACAGCUUUUCCCAGGUAUGAAACCUAAAAACCAGAAGGGCUUGAUAAUCAUCAGUGAAAAAAUGAUCUACUUCCAGAGAGCUAUCCACAGAGCAAAGGAUUCAUAAACUUGAAAUCCAACCUUCCUUAUUCGUAUCACUCUGGUCUGCAUUUUUCCCAGGACAGGAAACAUGUCCCCCAUAGCUUUCUUGUUUCUAAAAUUAAAACCUAGCAUUUCAAGAUCAUUCUGCAAGUAAUUUUGCACAGACAUCUCCUCACCCCAGUGCCUGUCUGGAGCUCACCCAAGGUCACCAAACAACUUGGUUGUGAACCAACUGCCUUAACCUUCAGGGGGGAGGGGGGUUAGCUAGACUAGGAGACCAGAAGUGGAGGGGAAGAGACGAGGACUUCACAAGGUUGGCCUGUUAGAGCUUCAGUAGAAACCAACUCAGUGGUAGCCAAGGGAUAGCUUGGCCCAGGAAAAACCUGUGGGUUCUGCCAGUUUCUAAAUAGAGACUGUAUCCAGGAAGUAGAGUGAACAGAAGAUCGUGGGGGGUUUGGGGGAAAUGGGACCUGAUUAUGUUGUUAUUC